UCCGCUUCCAUUUCAACAUCUUGCGGUACUAAGCUGAUACGGAUAUAAGACUUCACUAGUUUAGGAAAUCCGAAGUUUGAAACAUCCUUUUUAGCUUCGAGAAUUGGGGAACGGACGUCUACUUUCCACUCAGGUUCGUCUUGGUUGCUGGAAAACUAAGGCGUUGUUGUCUACCAGUUGAACCGUGUUUCAAGGUGUUUUGUGCAACAUGUUAGCCGAGUAUCCUGAGUCUUCUUGGAUCGAUCAGUUCGAAAGACGUUGGAGUAGCCUAUCGACGUUUGCUAACCUUUGAAUAUUUUAUGAUACUGGCUUUGAAAAUGCAACUCACAAAGUUGAUCUUAACUUCCGUACUUUCUUCUGUCAAACCGCAACAAAAAAGAAUGUUUAACAUAUCGCUGGGACCUUUAGGAUUUCGACAGAAAAUCGGAUUCAAAACAAGAUAUCAUUGGAUGCUAGACUUAAAAAAGAGCAGAGCUCGUGCAAAAUACCCUUGGAUUCCCAAAGAACCCAUUACAAACAUGGAGAUAUACGGGCAGAAAAUUGAAUUUCCCGAAAUGCAUUUGGAUUUCGUUGUACCCAACAACCUUGACAAAUGUGAUUUAAAACCAUACGUGUCAUGGCGAUCGAAAGUAGUUGGAGAAGGACCACUGACAGCUGAAUCUUUAUUUAACCAAAGAUAUUUACAAAAGAUAACUGAGAUGUUUAAAAGCGGUGCAAGUAAGGAAGAAAUUAUGGAUUAUUUAAAAAAAUCAAACUGUUAGCAUGUAUAAUAACCAUCAAAAGGAAGAAAAAGCGCUGUAAAAAAUAUCACUUUGUUGGUUUGAGUUGUAUCACAUUUUGUAAUUUCGCUGAUUUAUAAUCGAUUCGGAGUUGAAUAAAGUUCAUUAAUAGA